UGUCGACACCAGCGACAGCCGCGCCUUCCUCGCGUGAUGUCCUACUUCUUGUAGGGAGGGUAUCCUGCCCAUCUCCAUCUCCAUCCCAUUUUCGAACUUUUCCAGGCAUGCCACCGUGUCUCUUGUCGGCUGAGAUACCCUCGCCUACCGUCUCCGGCUCUGGGCUCGCUCAUCGGCCUGCAAAUACGACGACUGUUGCACCCGGCAGCGAGCCGGUGCAGUUGCAUGCCCCCAUCCUUGCAGCGUGCAUAAGCCCCCGGCUGGACUUCACCGGAACGCCCAACCCUCGUCGUCAUCGCGGCCACCCGCAGCCCAGCCCUCGCUGUUGAGCCAUUGCUACCCGUUCCUGGCUGGUGUUGAGCUUCCACCUUACCUAGACUACCGUCCGCAAUCCUUUCUGUUCCAGUACACAUCUUUGGUCCAAGAACAGCGUCCGCCAUGGCACCCGCCAGGCGACCAAACUUCCUGCUUGUCGUGGCCCACGACCUGGGCUACACUGACACCGGCCCUUACGGCGGCGAGAUCGACACCCCCACGCUCGACCGUCUCGCUGCCGAGGGUGUCCUUCUGACGGCCUUUCACACGGCAGCAGCCUGCUCCCCAACACGCGCCAUGCUCAUGUCGGGCACAGACAGCCACAUUGUCGGCCUCAGCCAGCUCGCAGAGGACAUCAAGCUCAACAGGCAUUACCAGGGACGCCCGGGCUUCGAGAGCUACCUCAACCACAGAGUCGCCGCCCUCCCCGAGCUACUCCAGGACGCUGGCUACCACACAAUCAUGUCUGGAAAGUGGCAUCUUGGCACAAAGGCUCAUCUGAGCCCGCAUGCCCGCGGCUUCGAUAAGAGCUUUGUGUAUCUGGCCGGCUCGGGCAAUCACUUCAACGACGAACCCCAGCUUGGCGACUUUGUAGACUACCUCUAUCGCCACCCCGCAGUAGACAGCGAAGGUCUAUGGAUGCGGGAUGGGAAUUUCCUCGAUCGGAAACGGGAUUUGCCCUCAGGUUUCUACUCAACAACCACAUUCACCGACGAAUUGCUUCAAUAUCUGGAUGGUCGCAACCAGCAGGAACGGGAGAAGCCAUUCUUUGGCUAUCUUUCCUUCACGGCACCACACUGGCCACUGCAAGCACCCAAGGAAAUCAUUGAGAAAUACAAGGAUCGCUACAACGAAGGGCCCGAGAUUCUGCGAGCGAAACGCCUUCAAAGUCUCAUGGAACAUGGCCUCGUCCCACGUGGAGUGGGAACAUCACCACGGCCACCACUGGCUGCUAGUCCAGCAGCAAACCCAGCCUGGGAAGCCAUGCCCGAGCAGGACCGGCGCAUCUCGUCCCGAUGCAUGGAAACGUACGCCGCCAUGGUCGACGUGAUUGAUCAGAAUCUGGGACGCGUGGUAGAAGCUCUUGAGCGAUCGGGAGAGCUCGACGACACCUUUAUCCUUUUCAUGUCAGAUAACGGCGCCGAAGGCCGGAUGCUUGAAGCGCUCCCAGUCACAGCCGGUGUGCCGCUCGAGCACAUCAUCAAGACCUUUUACGACAACUCCGUGCAGAACAUAGGGAAUGCCGACUCCUUUGUGUACUACGGUCCCCGGUGGGCUUCCGCAGCGGCAGCACCGAUUCCUGCGUCAAGCGUAUCUUUAGCACGAGGGGGCCUCAAAAGCCCCUGCAUAAUACGGUACCCCAGCAUAACAGUGCCAAAGAUGCCUGGCGGAGCAGUCUCUCACGAUUUUACUACUGUCAUGGACAUUCUCCCCACGAUUCUCGACCUUGCUGGAGUUUCGCCUCCUGUUGCUCAUUAUCGGCAGCGCGCAAUUGCGGCACUUCGAGGUCGCUCUUGGAUACCUCACCUGCGUGGGCUCACACCAACUGUGCACGAGAAUGGCUGCCAGGAUCUCAGUGGCUGGGAGCUGUUCGGCCGGCGGGCAGUGCGGCGUGGUAAAUGGAAGGCCGUCUUUGCGCCUGCCCCAGAGGGCUCAAACUCGUGGGAGCUUUAUGAUGUUCUGCGAGAUCCAGCAGAAGCCAACAACCUAUCGCUACAAGAACCCGAGGUGUUGAGCCAGUUGUUGAUGGAGUGGGAGAAGUACUAUUCGGAGACGGGUUUGUACGACCCUGGUGUGGAAGCGAAUAGGCUCAUAAUCAAGUAGAGAUCGUUCAUGGAUUUUCGAGAUAAUUGUGAAUCUCCAAGCGAAGUGGUUCGCAACUGAUUAGUCAAAGGCUUCGA